AUGAAACAAAUUUUACUUAUUCUGAUUAUUUAAGUAUUAAUAACUUCAAAAAGGGUUGGAAUCUCAGAGUUAAAUUAAAUUUAAUGCAUAAAAUCAAAUUGCAAAUCAGAAUUACAAAAUUGUUAUAAAGAUGAAUCAUGUUUUUCUGUCAUUCAAUUAUGUAAUAAAGAUUUUGAUAACACUCAAAUAGCACAAAAUGUAAUAUCCAUUAUCAUGAAAUUAGAUGAACAAUUGUUUACAUGAUGAAACUAGAUCAAAUUUUUACAUUUAGUGUGUAGCUAAUAAAUGCCUAAAAAAGUUAUCUGUUAAUUUUAGUUCAUUUUGA